GUCCUUUCUGUGGUUUUAGUCCAGCCAGCUCUGUCCAACUGUCUCCCUGGCUACAUACGACCACAGUUCUUGACUCCAACACCUUCACAUGGGGAUGUCCAUCAUGCCGCUGUGGGUCUCCUGUACCAACUCGAAGCCCGAGUAAAAACCGCUCAUGCCAAGACAUUUGACUUCCAGGUCAGCGGCCCUUCCAACAUGACCAAGAAGAUCAGGGAUGAGGGCUUUGGUGUCACGAGGCUCUUCCUGGGCUGGAUCCCGCAGGAAAGACACCUGAGACAAAACAUUCCCAUCUGUUUCACUGCCGAGACAAACGAGAGCCAGUCAGAGAUGAGAUGUGUGGUUGUGGUGGUGGCCAAAGCCCUCGCACUUACAGGUGAGGCGAUUGUUUCGUGCACAGAGAAUAGGAUCAGCAUCGCCGUGAGCAAGGCCUAUCUGCCUGGGGUGGACAUGAAGUGGCUGCGGCUAGCCGACUCAUCCUGCUCCCUAACCUCCAACCAAACACACAUCAUGGGCACCAUGUCACUCAAAACCUGUGGCACAAAGAUGGAGGAUGCAGGUGACUUCAUGGUGUUCAAAAACGAAAUAAACUCCUUCGAUGCGGUCAACGCGUAA